CCAUGCUCACUAUUCUGACCAACAUUGAUAACAACCUGUUUUCUUUUAGGCCAAUGCCUGACAUUACAUGGCAGAAAGGUACAUUGAAUAAAGGUACUCGAAAUCUGGUGAAUGGUCCAAAAUAUGUGAUGUCAAACUUCAAUAAAAGACUGACGAUAAAAAAUCUAAAUACAGCAGACAAUGGCAAUUAUGUGUGCACCAUUAGCAGGGCAGCAAACUCCAAGAUUCAUCAAGCUACUCUCACUGUUAUUGGUAAGCACAAAGCCAAAGCUUGGGAUUGAUAGGGAUGCAAACGCCUGAAAAAUACACUUUGAUAUUUUGAGCGAAGCCUUCACUGACUUCCCGACCAAGGGUCUUGACUUGGAACGUCGAAGUUCUCCUUGUAUUUUUCAGGCAAUUGUACACUUAUCAAUACGUGCACAGACUGCUAGAGAUUAUUUUUAAUAUAUCGUUUUGUAACAAGGUUGAUUCCAUUUUUUUCUAUUUUAGAAACUCCGGUUAUCAAAGACUUAUAUCCAGCAAACCAAGUACGUCACAUUGGCAAUUUUACCAUUCUAACUUGCAUGGUCACUGGGACAUUCAGCAAUGCCAGGUUCUCUGUCAACUGGUACAGAAAUGGUGUCAGACUGUCACAGAGCUCAAGGAUCACUAUGAGAUACAGGACACACGGGGGUUAUAGGAAUUAUACCCUCAAUGUGACCAAGUUGAAUAAAGAUGUAGACAGUGGAAUGUAUCAAUGUUUUGCCAAGAAUGAUGGUGGGGAAGACAUGGCUUAUACCGCGGUCAAUGUUCAGAGUAAGAGUGCACAGAUUUAUAUAAAUAGGUUGUCAUCGUCUGAGCUACUAUGAAAACAAUAUUCAGUGUAUUAGGUAGUAUUCUACAAUAAGCUGCUGUGGUUUGUGUCUGAACUACCUGAAAGAGAUAUCUCAAACGUGGUGGUCCAGUGUACGUAUUAUUCCACACUAAGCUGCCGUG